ACCAUUUUUCCUGAGGCUUUUCAGUUUGCACCAUCCCACUUUUUCACUUCCCUGUCCAGGGUUUGAAUCUGUGAGCGUGCCUUUUCGUCCUUGUCAUUUUAAACAUGCAUUCAUUUCCUUUGUGGAUUUGAAUAGUCUCUUACGUAACUUGUUUGUACGUAGGAUUGAUUGAAAAAUGCGGCUUCGAUAAUUUUUGUGAAGAAUGAGGUUCGAAGGGAAGUCUGAUGCUAAUUCCGAUCAAGAAAGCGUUGCGCUGAAGAAAUGCGGCAUGAACGGGGACAUAACGAUUAUGUAGGAGUGUUCAGCCAAACAGGGAGGAGACCAUUCCAAUACAGCGCAUCAUCCACUCUCAGCCACGCACAGCAGUCAGUCCACAGUUCACUCGACUCUCUACUUGUGCCUAUUCAAAUGAAGAUCGAGGAAUACUGUAAAUAUCUGCACAGAAUUCGUGGUCAAGCACGUAUACGAUGACACAGCAGGUGUGGGCGAGAUCUGCCAGUGCUAGUUGGCCUGUGUAGUGUGGAUGACAUGGCGUGGGAGAUGAGGACUGUUUUUCCGGUGAGUGGUUGCAAUGAUGGUGGGGAGUCCCACAGCCUCCGCACAAAGAUGGGCAGGAUGAAGAAACUACUGGGGCUGAGAAUGAGUCACUCGGUGGAUGACCAUGUUGACAUAGAGCCUGUGGUGUGGCUGAGGAGCUUCCAGUUAUUGGAUUCAGAUGAACAGUAUGAGGGCCAAGUGCAGGAAUGGGGGGAGGAAGAUGAGAACGGUGCUAUGUUUGGCAUCACUCUACGACGAGAGCCUGUCACGCCAACCCCAGACACGGCCAUGGCAGCGGACCGCACGGCACCCACUUAUGUCCACUACCACACAGUGAAGCUACGCAGGCUCAAAGCCGGCACUUUGGAACACUUAGUUACCCACCUUCUGGAUCCCGAACAUCAGGAGCCUGACUACGUCCAUGUUUUCCUGUCUACCUACAGAGCCUUCACCUCUACCAGCAACCUUAUAGAGCUGCUUUUUCAAAGAGCUGACUCAACCACUGUUUGCUUGCAAAGUGCUUUGCUUCCAGUCAUCAAACUGUGGUUGGGGGAAUACAGCGCGGAUUUCAAUGAGCCCCCCCAAUACCAGACUCUCCGGCUCUUAUGUGCCAAGUUGCGCCGGCGCAUUUGCUUUCGACGCUUGGCCCAAACUGCAGAGAGUAUGCUGAAAUCGCUCCAGGAACAAGAUAGAGAUCGCAGCCAGUUUACGUCAUUGGAUGACAGAGGCCUGCUCUGCAAGGAGGAAGACAGAGACACCUUUAUGAAAUUCCCUGUCACAGAUGUAGCAGAACAGCUCACUAGAUUAGAUAUGGAACUUUUUGUCAAAGUAUUACCAUUCCACUGCCUGGGCUGUGUCUGGUCACAACGCGACAAGAAGGAAAACCGUAAUCUGGCGACCACCGUCCGCGCCACCAUUUCCCAAUUCAAUGCUGUUACCAACCGCGUCAUCACAUCGCUGCUUUGCCCGUCUUCGCCGAGUCCUUGCACUUCCAGCCCGGUCUCGUCAUCCAACUUAUCUUUCAGCUUCCUCUCCCCUCCGAGUAUACUUGGCCGUUUUCACUCCUCUCACAGCAGUCCAUCCUGUAGAGCGCGCAUCAUUGAGAGGUGGAUCACUGUCGCACAGGAGUGCAGGCAGUUGAAGAAUUUUUCUUCCUUACGAGCCAUCCUGUCCGCCCUGCAGUCUAAUGCUGUGUAUCGCCUCAAGAAGACCUGGGAGGCUGUCUGCAAGGAAAGCAUGGUUACCUUCAAGCAUCUCUGUGAGACAUUUCCUGAUGAGAACUCUGUACUGGCCAGUCAGGAGAGUUUGACAGAGGGUGGGACUCAGCAAGAGGUCAGCUCGAACACUAAUUCACCCCCGUUGUCUUCCAAACAAGUGCAUAAAGGUGGAAUUAUACCUUACCUGGGCUCCUACCUGACUGUCCUCACUAUGCUGGACACAGCUCUCCCAGACUCUGUGGAGGAUGGACUCAUCAACUUUGAAAAGAGGAGGCGGGAGUGUGAGAUUCUCUCUCAGAUUCGCCAACUGCAAGCUUCUUGUUCCCAAUACCAGCUUCCGGUGAAACCUCGCAUCACAAACUGGUUGCAGUCAUGCACGUUGCUUCUUACAGAUCAAGAGAGCUAUGAACUCUCACGUGAACUUGAACCUCCCAUCGAUCCGUGUCCCAGUUCUCCUAAUUUACGGAGCAAUCGUUUGCUGAAUAAGAAGCUCGCUUCUUCACGUGCAACAAGUGACUCUUCUUUGCGGAAGGCUCACGCUGACCAGAUGAGUGUUUCAUCUUCGAGUUCGAGCAGUUCAGAUAUGGAUGACCUCAGCGUCCCUCAUUCUUCCCCACUCAGACUCAAACUCAAGUCACUCUCCAGCUCAAUGGACAACAUCAACGAGGACUACACUACUUCCUUUUCUCCCAUCCUCUCCAGCUCUACUUGCAGCUCCUCUCAUCCUGACCUGAGCUGCUCUUCAUCCUCCUCUUCCAGCGUCUCUAUGCAGUCUGUGCUGCCAGUGUACAACAAACAGCUUGCCGACUCGUGUAUCAUCAGAGUCAGCAUGGAGUGCGUCAACAACGGCAAUAUCUACAAAAGCAUACUGCUCACCAGUCAGGAUCACACACCUCAGGUCAUUCAGAGAGCUCUGGACAAACACAACCUAGAGGACACAUACAGCUGUCAAGACUUCAGCCUCUGCCAAAUGCUCAACAACGGGAACGAGCUCCAUAUCCCCGAUAACGCCAACGUGUAUUAUGCCAUGUGCACCACCUCCAACUAUGACUUUGUCCUGCACCAACGCUGGAGAAGCCAUGGGAGACAUGCCGCCUCCUGCUCCAGCCCUGGAAUUGCCCUCCACGUCCGCCACGCCAAGUGCCAAGGGGCCAGCAUCCUAGCUAAAUCUAACUAGCAGCAUCUUUUUUUGGAUUUGCAUGACAUCUCGGAUCUCCACACGGCUGGCCUCUGUCAGUGCCUCAGCUGCAUUCAACCAUUUGACCAUCAGACCUGCUCCAGCCUCUCAUCACCUCAUGAAGUGUGUUGGAGCUUGUGCACAUGGAAAUGUUGUGUCAAUGGGACACAUAAUAUAGCUGCUCACUGGAACUUGCGUUGAUUUGCAAAUGUUCUUUUAUUGCAAGUUGUGUUCAACCAUCUUGAACACUGGCAUCUGUAUCAUAGUAUUUAUUUCCUUCUUGUUUAAAAGUUUUAACGUAACUUCAAAUCAACUUACAUUAAGUAUUGAACUUGUAUCAGUAUUCUGCUUUGCAGCCUUGUUUUGUUGAAUGUUGAGUGUACGCCUUCAGUUAGUUCAUUUCUAGAUGUUUUUCAGUACUGCAGUACAACAAUAAGAAUGAAAGCUUGUGUAAGUCAAAUGAAGGAGAAAAUGUGCAUUUGCUGUCUUGCACCAAUGUUUUUGUGUUAAUUGUAUGAAAUACUGCUAGUUGAUGUGAGUCUAUAUCACCAGUAAAUGAUGGCACGCUUCAGCCAUCAUCCUGUGAAUAUGGUUAGUGUGAAGAAUGGUUCUCAUUUGGAAAGACGAAGUACUCCCGGUAAGUGAAGUCACAUGCCAGCGAUGUUGAAUACUUGCUUUGGAAACUAUUCACUGUGAUGGCCGACCUUGUUUACAUUCUUCUGAACACGUGUAGCGUUUUGUGAAUUUGCAGCAGUAGAAUGUGUUAUGUUGUCUUCCAUGUUUUGGGUCUGAUUGUUAGGCUUAUAACUAUUUAUAUUUGGGUUUUAUUUUACUCAUUGUUAUUUUUUGCCCCAAGCUAUUAAUAUUUUGAAAUGCUGACUAAUAAAUAUAUUUUUUAAAUUUAUUAUAGUGCUGGCACUGCCUUGAUCUAAAAAGUGGGUUUGACUUCUUACAUGACAUUGAAUAAACUUAAAGUAUGAGACAUUGCUAAGAUGGUAUAUAUAUUUUUUCAUCUAAUACAGCACCUCACAUAGAACAAAGUCACACUGUAAUUCACUGUCUUGUCUA